GGAGGAGGAGGAGAAGAGGGGGAGCAAGUGAGUGAGGUCAACGUCGCGCAACGGCGAGGCGAGAGGAUGAAGCAGCGGCCGGCGGCGGCCUCCGCGAGGACGCGCGGCCUUCUCGCCGGUGUCUGCCUCGUCUGGAUCAUCGGCGGCAUCUACGCCAUCGAACCACUUGCGGAGCCGUGCUUCAUCACUCAACCGUCCAACAGUGGCAAUAUACUUAGCGAGAAUCGCACCAAGUUUCUGCAAUGCCAAGCGAAAGGCAAUCCUCAACCAAAGUACAAAUGGUUCAAGGACGGGAUGCCCCUCAACAACGAGUUCACGUCGGAGCAUUACCUCCGUAUUCACAGUACGCGGCGGGAGGACGCCGGAGUGUACCAUUGCGUCGCGACGAACGACGUGGGGUCCGUAUUCAGCAAUCGUCUCGUUUUCGCUGUAGCCUACAUGGGGACGUUCGACAAUCUCACGAAGAAGGUGGUGACCGUCGAGUCGGGUAGCGCCGCGAUUCUCGAACUACCCCCGAUCGAGAGCUAUCCCGCCCCCGACGUAACGUGGAUCUCCACGGACGGGAGUCCUCCGUACGGGAUAAAAUACGCCACGACCGAUCACACGUUAAUCAUACUGGACGCUUCGGAAAACGACGAAGGCUCGUACAGAGCGAAGGCUAUUAACACUCAAUUGGGCAAGGACGAAAUCAGUCCGUUUUUUACACUGAAAGUUACCGGCGAUCCGUACGCCGAGGUGGCCCCCACCAUAAUCGUCAAGCCGCAGGACACGCAGAUAAUAAAAAAUCAAGAUGUCACGCAUAUAAAUUGCAUCGCGAACGCCAGACCGCUUCACGAGCUGAGGACUCUGUGGAUGAAGGACGGCAUUCCGAUCGAAAACUCUAGGAUAUCGUAUAGUUUUAACGAUUCGUGGAACAGAACACUCGCAUUGAUUUCAGCCAACAUAACUUACACAGGAGUUUACUCCUGCCACGUGGACUUGCGAAGUGGCGGGUAUCCGACUAUAAAUGCGAGCGCUAACAUUGUUGUAUAUGAAAAACCGACAUUUAUAACGGAAUUAAAAAAGAAGACCCUGAGCGAUUACGGGUCCAUGGUAACGUUACCGUGUAAUGCUAACGGCGUGCCACCUCCUACAAUCAGUUGGUUCCGUAAUGCCGAGCCUGUCGAUCAUUUACUGGGGACUAGAUACAGGAUGGAAGAAGACGGCUCGUUGACGAUUAAAAAAUUAACUAUGGACGACUCGGGAAUGUUUCAGUGCCUCGCGUCUAACGAUGCCGGCGAAUCGUCCAGUUGUACUUGGCUGAAAGCGAAAAAAGAAGAAUUAGGAAGCGGAUUGAGAAACAGAGUUGCCCGCUGGGCGGCUGGCUACAAUGUAGUCAGAAUUCGCCAGUCUGAUCGCCGUUUUAUGUUCUCUCAAUAUCAAAACACGUCUAGACCGAUAAUGGAAAAUGGACCGCAGAAUCUGACAAUGUUAGACGGCAAAGAUGCAACUCUGAGUUGCAACGCGAUUGCGGCGCCUAAGCCAAAUGUCACCUGGUAUUAUAACGAUACGAUGCCUGUGGAGAUCGCUGGGAGAGUACAAGUCUUGGACAAUGGCAAUCUUUUAAUCGCGGCGGUGAAACCGAACGACGCGGGAAAGUAUACUUGCAUCCGCGCGAACGAAGCCGGCUCUGUCAACGGAUCGGCAUACGUGACUGUUAUGGUUCGGACUCAAAUCAUCCAACCACCUGUUGAUACGUCCGUGCUUCUCGGGCGUACCGCCGAAUUGCAGUGUAAAGUCUCAAACGACCCCAGCGUCGUGUACGAUAUGGCAUGGUUUCACAAUGGACAAGUAAUAAACACGCAAGCGAGUCAAAGGGUGAAGAUGCGAUCGGACGGCACACUCGAGAUCGUCACCGUUCGACCCUCCGACGUGGGCGAGUACACUUGCUCUGUGGUGUCGCCGGGUGGCAAUGAAACGCGAUCCGCACGUUUAAGCGUGAUCGAAUUGCCAUUUCCACCGAUCAACGUCCUGGCCACGCGGGUCGAAAAGAUCUCGCCGCGCACGAUCAACGUUACGUGGGUGCCCGGCUUCGACGGCAAUAGCCCUACGAAAAAAUUCAUAGUUCAGAGACGAGAGGUGUCCGACCUGGGGCCUAUACACGAUCCGUUAUUAAACUGGGUCACCGAACGCGACAAUGUGUCCGCGACCAAUCGGUGGGUAUUGUUGAGUAAUCUGAAAGCCGCGGCGUCUUAUCAAUUUCGUGUUAGCGCUGAGAACAGCGUCGGCGAGGGUCCAUCGUCAAUAGCCAGUAACAUCGUCGUUCUACCUCAAGAGCCGCCCAGUGGUCCACCGAUUGGUUUCGUAGGCUCAGCACGUUCGUCGUCGGAAAUAAUAACGCAAUGGCAACCUCCACUGGAAGAAUACCGAAACGGCCACAUCUUGGGAUAUAUAUUGAGAUACACGCUUUUCGGAUACAACGACAGCCCGUGGACGAUGCAAAACAUCACUAAUGAAGCGCAAAGAAAUUACCUUAUUACAGAUUUAAUCACGUGGAAGGACUAUGAAGUGCAAAUAGCGGCUUACAAUGAAAAAGGCGUGGGUGUAUAUUCGAAGGGCUUGCAAAUAAAAACUAGGGAAGGAGUCCCGGAAGCACCUCCUACAAAUGUAAGAGCGAAAGCACUUAAUUCAACGGCAGUGAAAGUUUGGUGGAAGCCACCGAAUCCUCAAAAGAUCAAUGGUAUCAAUCAGGGAUACAAAUUGCAAGCCUGGGUCGACAGCAAUUUUACAGAAGCGACUGAAUACAAAUCGAUGACUGUGCCGCCGAGUUUAUUCGAUCCGCUCGCCGAGCAGAACGCCAUUAUGACAGGUUUAAGAAAGUACACUCCGUACAAUAUCACGGUGCUCUGCUUCACCGAUCCAGGCGACGGUGAAAGAAGCUUGGCCGUCGAAGUUCGCACUCGUGAAGAUGUACCUGAAGAAGUGGAGAAUUUACAAUUUGAAGAUAUCAGUGAUCGUGCGCUAACGGUUAAGUGGAGUCCCCCUAAAGAGACGAACGGAAUAUUGACACAUUAUCAACUGAAAUACAUGAUUAAAGACAUCCCAGAUUCUUUGCGCGUCGAAAACUUUACAGCUGAUAUGUUAUUAACCAAAGUGGAGCAUCUUCAGGCACUAACCCACUACAAAUUUGAAGUAACCGCUUGGACGUUGGUUGGAUCCGGCAAACCAAAAGUGGCGACCAUACAGUCAGGCGUCGAACCGGUGCUACCGGAACCUCCUACGAAGCUAGCAUUAUCCAACAUAGAUGCAUUUUCCAUUGUGUUACAGUUCACGCCAGGAUUCGACGGAAACUCAUCCAUCAUAAAGUGGACAGUGCAGGCACAAACAGCGCGGAACUCGACGUGGUACAACUUCUACGAAGUGUCCGAUCCCGACGCGAGUACAAUAACAGUGGACGGUUUGACUCCUUUCAUGCAAUACAAGCUCCGUUUGAUCGCAAACAACGUCGUUGGUGCGUCGCAGCCUUCCGAGCCGACCAAAGAGUUCCAGACGAUUCAGGCACCGCCCUCUCAUCCCCCGAAAAAUGUCACGGUUCGCGCGAUGAGUGCCACCGAGUUACGCGUCAGGUGGAUCCCAUUGCAGCAAAUAGAAUGGUACGGAAAUCCGCGAGGGUACAAUGUCACUUACACGGAAGUGCGAUCGAACAUCUCGAAGAGCAGCAUUAUCGAGGAUCACACCGCGAACUCAUACGUUUUGGAAAAUAUGGAGGAGUACGCCGAUUACGAGAUAGUGAUGCAAGCGUUCAACGACGUCGGCUCUUCGGCGGCGAGUCCAAAAGCCAUCGAACGAACUCGUGAAUCAGUUCCUUCUCUGGGGCCGAUUAACGUAGAAGCAAAUGCGACAUCAUCUACGACUAUCCUGGUGCGAUGGGGUGAUGUGCCCGUGGAACAUCAAAAUGGACAGAUCGAGGGCUUUAAGGUAUACUACGGCGCGAAUUCCAGAUCGACUUUCCAGUACAAGAACAUUCCUAGCAACACCACUUUCACGACCACCUUAACGGAGCUUCGCAAGUUUGUCCAAUACCACGUGCAGGUUUUAGCUUACACAAGACUUGGCGAUGGGGCACUGAGCACCCCACCUGUGAGAGUCCAGACCUUUGAAGACACUCCUGGUCCACCAUCUAAUGUAUCUUUCCCUGACGUGAGUUUGACCACAGCGCGCAUUAUCUGGGAUACACCAGAGGAUCCCAACGGAGAGAUUCUCGCAUACAAAGUCAUGUUUCAUUUGAACAGCAGCGAAGAUCGCCAAGAUUCUAAAGAAAAAACUUUUGCGGCCUCAGACAGAACGUUCAGAGCCACUGAACUCGAGCCUGAGAAGUAUUACAUGUUCUCCGUGACGGCACAGACAAGAUUGGGUUGGGGUAAGACGGCUUACGCGCUUGUAUUUACCACGAACAACAGGGAACGUCCUCAAGCGCCGUCGGUACCCCAAGUGAGCAAGUCGCAGAUCCAGAGUCGUCAGAUAACUUUUAACUGGACGCCAGGCAGAGACGGUUUUGCUCCGUUAAGAUAUUAUACAGUGCAACAGUCUGAGAAUUCCGGACCAUACCAAAUCAUUCCCGAGAGAGUGGAACCCACUCUGACAUCUUACACGGCUAACAACUUAAAGCCUUACACGCAUUAUCAGUUUCGCAUUCAGGCUACCAACGACAUAGGCCCUUCAGAAUGGAGCAAUGAAUCCGCUCAAGUACAAACUCUGCCUGCAGCGCCGUCGAAGGGUGUCACCGGUCUGAAAGCUGUACCGAUAACAACAUCCAGCGUCGAGGUUCGCUGGAACAUGGUCGACGAGGUGUAUUGGAGCGGUGAUCACGAGACUGGUGGUUAUCGUGUCGUUUAUCAGCCGGUAUCGGAUUUCCCGCCUCUUCAGGCACCGCCGAAAGAAGAGAUUCUGGGAAUUAAUGCAACGAAAAUGGUUUUAAGCGACUUGACGGAGAACCAAUAUUACGAGAUUGUCGUGCGACCAUUUAAUUCUGAAGGCGAGGGCCCGUCCAGUCCGCCGGUUACUGUGUACGUAGGUGAGGCAGUCCCUACAGGAGAACCUCAGCAUCUAAAAGCCGAAUCUAUCUCUUCCACCGAGGUCCACUUGCGUUGGAAACCUCCUCAGGCCAAUAUGCAAAAUGGCGAUUUAUUAGGAUAUAAGAUUUUUUACUUAGUGACCAACUCCCCUCAGGAUUUAGAGAAAAAACAGGAAGAAGAGAUAGAAGUCGUUCCUGCAUCUUGUUUGACGCACAAUUUAGUCUUUCUUGACAAGUAUACAGAGUAUCGCAUACAAGUUCUAGCGUUUAAUCCAGCUGGAGAUGGUCCACGAACGCCACCAAUUACCGUGAGAACGAAACAGGACUUACCAGGACCGCCGUAUCAUUUGCAAUUUAACGAAAUUACCAUGACCAGUCUGCGCGUCUCUUGGAAUCCGCCGAAGUUACGCAACGGCGAGAUAGUUGGUUACAUCGUCACGUACGAAACGGCGGAGCAAAACGACCGUUUCAGUAAACAAGUUAAGCAAAAAGUGACGGAGACGGGUCUCCUUAUCCAGCCGCUGGAGGAGGAGGUGACGUAUGUCUUUAUGGUUCGCGCGCUGACGAUCGACUUCGGACCGCCGGUGUCCGGCAACGUCACGACUGGCCCGCAAGAAGGUUCACCGAUGGCACCCAGCAAUCUCGGCGUGACCAAGACGGUCUCCAGCGUGGAGCUGCAAUGGACUAACGGGGCUUCCGGCAAAGGUCCUAUACUCGGUUAUUACAUCGAGACUCGUCGCAAAGACGAUUCGCGCUGGCAGACAAUAGUUCGUACUAGCAACGGACCACUGACGGAGUAUACAGUGUCUUAUCAAAACUUACUGCCGUCCACGUCGUACUUGUUCAGAGUGAUAUCGUACAACCGUUUUGGAAUUAGCUAUCCAGCGUAUUCCUCUGAGACGAUUUUGACACCGUCGAAACUGUACCUGGAAUACGCAUACCUGCAACACAGGCCGUUUUACAGACAGACCUGGUUCAUGGUCACUUUAGCCGCUAUAUCAAUUAUAAUUAUCAUUAUGGUCAUAGCAGUAUUAUGCGUGAAGAGUAAAAGCUACAAAUACAAACAAGAGGCGCAAAAAACUCUGGAAGAGUCGAUGGCGAUGGACGCGGACGACAGGCAGGAAUCUGACCUGGAAUUGUACAGAUCGCGCCAGGUUGCAGGUGGUGCCGUUAACGCGGCAAGCGGCACUCUGGGCAAGAGGAAUACGUUGGCCCGGAAGGCGAUGCAUCCUCCACCGCCCACGAUGCUGGGCAAAUCGCCCCCCAGGCCUUCCCCGGCAUCGGUCACCUAUCACAGCGACGAGGAGAGUCUCAAGGGAUACGAUGAGAAUCCCGAUGACAGCAGCGUCACGGAGAAGCCCUCCGAAAUUAGUUCCACUGAUUCUCAGGGUUCUGAGAGCGAGAACGAGAGUGUGCAGUCCGAUCCACAUUCCUUCGUGAAUCACUACGCGAACGUGAACGACUCGUUAAGGCAGUCGUGGAAACGGCAGAAACCCGUCCGGAAUUAUUCGUCGUACACGGACUCCGAGCCAGAAGGUAGCGCGGUCGUCAGUCUGAAUGGUGGUCAGAUUAUCAUGAACAACAUGGCUAGAUCGAGAGCGCCGCUACCCGGUUUCUCGUCGUUCGUGUAAUUAACCGAAUUAUCCAGUACUACAUGGAGACACAGAGAAACUUUCGUUUUAUCCGUAUAUCGAUAUCAAAAUUACUGCCGCAACCACUUCGCUUCGAGCAAGGUCUCUUUUUUUAUACAUAUACAUAUAUAGAGCGAAAGACUUACGUCGGAGAGACACGUGUGUUUCGUGCGUGCUGACGGCAUAGACUUAUAGCAAACUUAUAGCAAGCUUGAGGCAUCUUCGUAUUGUGAUAUAUUGAUAUAUAUAUAUAUAUAUAUUAUUUAUAAUUUUCGAUAAGACAUUUUUGCAUUUAAUAGAAACUUUUGUACUUUCUCGGAUUAGUUUAAGAAUUUAAACAGCUAGCAUACGGAUCUCGUACGAGUGUUUUACAAAUUUUCGUGCCUGCGGAGCGGAGGAGCGUAAGUCCAAAUAUCAUUCUUUUUUUCAACGAAUAUUUUGGUCUUAUUUUCGUUAUACUUCUCAGGUACGGUUGCAAGUACGCGAUUACUCGCAUAAUUCAAUCCUUGUCAGUUUUCGAAGAUAUUUAUCGUAAACGCAUUUGUGGACUUGUGGACUCAAUAUCGCAGAGCUUUCACAGGAAGCAAAAUGUCAAUUUGGACUUAACGUUGCAAUCGUUGGCCUAUCAUAUCAUUUUAUCAGUCCACUUUAAUUAUGAAGACGGCGAGUUGUGGGACACUGUAUAAAUCUGCUCUUACGCUGGCGUACUUUCGCCGCGUCAGACGCAUGUAAAUAUGUUAUAUAUAUAUAUACUUCCCGUAAGAAUGUAGAUUUUGUAUAAUGCUGCUACACAUUGUAUUCAGCGGACUAUAUCUAUUCGCGUUUUGUGAUAUACAGUAAAAGCUCCAUAUUCGCGGGACUUACAUUUUGCUGAACCGUCUUGGAUAUGGAAAUGGCGAUUCCGAAAAGUAAAAUAUAGAAAGAGUAAAAUUUGACAUAAAAAUACAUAAUAUAUAUAAAAUAUUAAUUUUUAUUUUAUAUAUUAUUUUAUAUAUAAUUUAUAUAUUUACACAUACAUAACAUAACUUACUUUUCAUAUAAAGAUAUGUGCAUAUGUUUCAUGUAUGUAUAUGAAAAAUAAAAAUAUAGAUAUCUUUUCUAUAAUUCUGCUUAUAAUAAGAGUUGCUUUUAGCAACUAUUAAGAAAUAUUUUAUCCUUGUUAUUGCAAUAAAUGAAUUAUUUCAGGCCCGUGAAUAAGAAAUACGCAAAUAUAUAUGGAGCUUCUAUUGUACAUAGAUAUAUCUUAGUUACUGAGAUGCAGUAUUCAUAUCUUUUUGAACAUUCGUUUUAUUAAUAUACGUCCAAAGUCAGAUAUCGAACAGAACUACGAAGAUUGUCAAGUUUAUCGUAAAAUGUGCGAAUAAUGAAACUUGACUAAAAGACAGCAUAGAGAAGAACCUAAUCUAACUAGCAAUUAUCAAGUAAGAAUUACCGAUUCGUAUUUCAUAAGCUCGUUCAUUUUGCGCUAGGCUUGUUAUAAGUAUUUAGAUAUAAUUUGAAUACUUUUUUUUUAAGAAAAACAGAGUUCUACAAACGUCGCGAGAUGCAGCGAAAAUCUUUUCGAAGAAAAAUGUUUCUAUAGAAACACUUUAAUGCUUCCGCGACACUGCCAGUGAACGUUUAGUGCAAAUUUUAUUUUAUUUAUAUAUUUCCACGCGCGUAUAUUUGUAACGACGUAAAAGGAUAAAAAUCAACUGUAAUAUUAAUCGUAUAGGACACUGAGAGAAAAUCUGUUAAUCUUUUAAUAAAAAUUUAUGCCAUUUUGGAAAAAAAAA